AUGGCAAUGGCAAAUAUCGCACUCUACAUCUAUUCUGCGGUGGCCGCGGCUGUGCUGUAUCUGGUGCAAUAUGUAAUCCGCGACAAGAUCCGCAUGUCGAAGUACAAGCUACCGCCGCUGAUACCAGGCGGCCUGCCAGUAGUCGGGAAUACAUUCCAAGUGCCGCCAACGCAGCAGGGCCCAUGGGCAAAGGAUUUGGCGGAGAAGUACGGUGAGAUGUUCACACUCAAGAUCGGCGGCUCUACCUGGGUCUUCCUUAACUCCUCGCGCGUCGUCACGGACCUCAUGGAGCGCCGCGCCGCCAUCUACUGCUCCCGCCCACCUUUCCCCAUGACGCAGGACAUCAUGUCCGGCGGCGGACGCAUCGUGCUCAUGCCAUACAACAAUGACUGGCGCCGGCUCCGCAAGAUCAUGCAUCAAAUUCUCUCGUCCCGUCAGGAGGAGGUCUACAAGCCGUAUCAAGAUCUUGAGUCUCGCCACCUCUGCUGGGAUUAUCUGCACAACGCUGAUAAGUGGUUUUCUGCAAACGGGCGGUAUGCGAAUAGUGUGAUUAUGUCCGUGGUUUUCGGGACGAGGUCUGACUUAGAUAAUCCGGAUGUGGUAGAGCUGUUCGAGACGAUAGAGCUAUUUUUAGAGAAUCAGCAACCAGGCGCGAAUAUUGUAGAUGGGUUCCCAGGGUUGGCGAAGAUUAUUCCGGAUAGACUACAGUGGUGGCGGCCGAAAGGUGAGCGGAUAUUUAAGAAGACCACUGACGUCUACCGCCGCGCUCUUGACAGGGUCAUCCGCAACACCGCCAACGGUACCCAGAAGGAUUGCUUUGCGAUGGAAUUCCUCAAGAUCUCCCAAAAGGAAAACUUCACCGAGACACAAAACCUCUUCUGUCUUGGCACGCUCAUGGAGGCCGGCUCCGAUACAUCGCGCGUCUCCAUCGGCCAGAUCAUCGCUGGCGCCGCCACAUACCCUGAUUGGGUUGCCCGCGCUCGCGCCGAGCUCGACGCCGUCUGCGGCCACAACGCGGAGCGCUUGCCCGGGUGGGAGGACCGCGACAAGUUACCGUACAUUGCGGCGGUCGUGAAGGAGGGCUUCCGCUGGCGCCCGAAUACUGCCGAGAUUGGCGCGCCGACAAGCUUGAUUCAGGACGACGAGUAUGAGGGCUAUAAAUUCCCGAAGGGGACGGUGUUUACCUGGAACGCGUGGGCGAUCGCGCUAAGUGACAAGGAGUACCCGCAGGCGGAGCGGUUCUGGCCGGAGCGCUUCCUAAACGCGGACUUGAACAAUCCUCUCAAGGGCCAUUGGGCGUUUGGGCCGGGCAGGAGAGUGUGCGUGGGCUGGAAAGUCGGGGAGAUGAACGUGUGGAUUGCGAUUGCGCGACUGCUGUACUGCUUUGACUUUACGGAGGACCCAAAUCACAAGAUCGACACGAUGACCAUACCGCAAAUCACACACAACACCGCGCCAUUCCACGUAAAGGUUACGCCGCGAAGCGCGGCGCAUGCAGCGCUUGUAGAGAGGGAGUGUGCAGAGGCUGUGACGACGAAGUAUUAGAUAGUUGUUAGGUAGGUUAAGAAUAAGGGAAAAAUGUAACAAAUUAACAGCCAAAGGGUAAAAAGUCAACUAGUGGUGUAGGUAUGGCAUAAGAUGGCGUAAGG